UCUUAUUUUCGCAACCUCAGGCCCUCAAACAACAUGCCGGCCACUGCCGGGCCUUAAACCCCACCAGUUACCUGUGAGAAACAAGGAGAAAGUAGAGGAAAAACGCAGAAACAGCAGCAAAUUGAAGAAGCUAUUGAAAGGUGAAUAUUUGUUGUCAAGAGAUAAUUUUGCAGUGACGAUGGUUGAAACAUUUUUUGAUGAUAUUUUUGUGGUUGACGGACAAGAUCCAGGUGGUAAAAAAUUUGAUAAAGUUUCUCGUAUUGAAGCAUCGAGUGAGCAGUAUGACAUGUUCAUGCAACUAGAUGUGAACAUAGAGGCAUAUCCUAUUCAGGCUGGGGAGAAAUUCAGAAUGGUGUUAGCUCCCACUCUGCAUUUGGAUGGAGCAGAUGUCACUGACUAUUUUACUCAGGGUGAGCGGAAGUCACUUGCAGACAAAUUUGAUUAUGUCAUGUAUGGGAUAAUAUAUAAAGUCUCAAAUGAAGGUUCAGGACCUGAUGUUAAAGGGGUGAUAUAUGCCUCAUUUGGUGGCCUUCUGAUGAUUCUCAAAGGUGACCCCUCCAAUUUGAAUAAAUUAGAAGUCAAUAAAAGGUUAUUUCUUCUCAUGAAGAAGGUAUGAAUCCUAGUAAAUGUCUCAUGAAACUUAGGUUGCUCCUUGCUGUAUUUACAUGUUUCAGCAUGGAAAAUGUUUGCCAUUGAACUUUUGGGUUGAUCUUCAGACUUAUACAGGGUUGAUCUUCUUACCUAUAUAUGGAAUAAUAGGGUUUAUUAUCAGCAAUAUUUUUACUCAUUUUUUUUC